AUGCCUCGCCAUUUCGCUUCCCAGCCAUCCACUAUGUCCAAUCGCAAGGAAAACCGAUUUCAACCAUAUCAACUGAAGAGAGAGAGCAUGUACAGCACCGAUUUCUCGGAACCAAAAAGAAGUAAGCGAGAACACUACUCGGGUCCCACAUCUUUGCGCCAGAGAAACCAUCGCGGCGAUGAUGAAAUCUCUGAUUCCUCGCGCAGGAGAAACAGUUUCAACCCUCAUCAAACUGGAUAUCGCAGUCGACGUGACAGUGACAUCGAUUGGAAGAAACCCUGGCCACGAGGUGAGACUCCAAGUUCAGUCUAUCAAGCCACGCCCAGCGAGCGUGAGACGGACCACUGGCGACCUGACGGCACUGAGAUGCGAAAAUACCCUCGUCAAGACAGCCUUGAUGACCGACCUCUCUCGAUGCCAUACCUCCCUGGUGAUACCCCCUCUAAUAUAGGAGUCCGUUCUACAGACCGAUAUCGUCCUUCUAACCCUUUCCUACCUCGUGAUACCCCUUUCACUAGGGGAGUUUCUGAUACGGAUCGUUAUCGCCCUUCCAAUGAAUGCCGACAACAAGUGAAGCAAGAAAGAGGUACUCCUUUCUCCACAGGAGUUCCUUGGACAGAUCGCUCUGCCAACGAAGCGUUACCCCAAACAGAAGGAGGAAGGGAUGCUUCUCAAUCACAAAUCGAGGCGGAAUUAUUCUCAGCAGAGUUGGACAAGCUUAUCCGAGAAUCUUCUGCUCUAUUUGACUCUGAAAGAUCUCGCGUAUCAUCCCCUUUCCAUCAGUCAAUCGACCAGGUUCUGUCUUCUGACACCAACAACGUAUUCGUUUCCCAAACGCAAUUCCACGAAGCUGAGCCGAGUCAAGAUCGUCGUCUGUCGAGCCAAUCCCUUUCUUUUUCUUCUGGUGUUGGUAACGGUGGUGGGUGGUGCGAGAAAAAAUGGUUGAGUUCUCAGGCAGCGUGUACCGAUGUACCAUGGACCUAUUUCAACAGUGCUCCUAGCGGCUCUCAAAACCCUACCGAUCAAGUUACAGCCCCUUUCAGUCCAUCUCAUGCAUCUAACACCAUUAGGGAUCCGUUUGGGCAAAUUUCCGAGUGUGCACUGUUAGGCCCCAGUGCUUUCUGUUCUCACAGUGUCUCUGAUUUCGAUGAGGAAGUUGAGGUCGCCAUGCCAGUUUCCUACACUCAUGACAUGGACUGGGCGAGACUUAGGUUGAAGGAUUUCGUAGAGAAGUACCAUGGAUAUGGUGAUGAGUUGGCAGCGGAAUCAUCAAUCUUGAAAAAGCGCAAGACUCCUGCUCGUGCAGAAGAGAAGUCAAACAUACCAAAACCCCUCAAAAAGUUUCGCUACGAAUCAUCGAGGUGGUGGAAGAAAGUUGUCGAGUCCAAAGCACAAACAUGGGGCUCGGAAGAUGAAUUGGUUAGUCAAGUCCACUACUGUCCUGUGCAGUAG